AUGAGCUGCUCCGGUACCAAUAAUUUCUGUGAGGAAAAGUCUGGUUUCUCACCGGGUGAUUUCGCUGAGGCAACAACGGACCCUUCGCGAUGGAGACUGUCCAGCGACGGCGGUCGCAACGUUUGGCAUUAUUUGACAAGGGAUGAAGACAUCCAAAGAUGGCCACAGACGGCGGUGGACAGAUACCAUUUGGGUUUAUCCACUGGCUUUCCUGAAGUUGAGCCGGCAAAAACGCCCAUGCAGUCAGUCAUCAACGCUGUCUCUGUCUAUUCAAAGCUUCAGCUCCCUUCAGGUCAUUGGGCUUGUGAAGAGGGCGGUCCUCUUUUUUUGCUUCCUGGAUUGGUAAUUACCUGGUACGUCACCGAAGCGUCCAUACCAGAAGCUUUCAAGAUUGAAAUCAAGAACUAUCUGUUCGCGCGGCAAAACCCAGACGAUGGCAGCUGGGGCCUCCAUAUCGAAGCAGAAGGGUCCGUCUUCGGACUGGCCAUGAAUUAUACAGCUCUCAGGCUCCUUGGUGUUCGAGCUGACCAUCCACGUCUCUGUAAGGCCAGAUCCGAGCUGCACAGGCUGGGUGGCGCCCUCAACGCGCCUCAUUGGGCAAAGUUCUGGCUUAGCGUACUAGGAGUUAUGCCAUGGGACAUAGUCAACCCUGUUCCUCCUGAAUUGUGGCUCCUUCCGGACUGGGUUCCCUUUGCUCCCUGGAGGUGGUGGAUACACAUACGACAAGUCUUUUUACCCAUGUCCUGGGUUUGGUCAAGACGCUGGCAGCAUCCUCUCUGCGAUCUCACCAGGGAUAUACGUCAAGAACUCUUUGUGCAGCCACCGGAGAUGAUUGAUUUCUCUGUCCACCGGAACAGCAUUUCCCCUCGCGACAAUUACCACAGCAAAUCGUGGCUCCUGAAUACAGCCAACUGGCUUAUUGUCAACAUUUGGAAUCCUUAUCUCCGUCACGAUAAGCUCAGGACCGCUGCAGAGGCAUGGGUUUACGAUCUCAUUCAGCACGAGGAUGAGAAUACCGAAUACGUAAAUCUCGGACCCGUGAAUGCCCCAAUGAAUACCCUGGUUUGCUACAUUCAACAAGGCCCAAAGAGCACCGCCAUGGCUCGCCAUCUAGACCAUCUGACAGAUUACCUAUGGAAGAAGGAUGAAGGCAUGCUCAUGAACGGAACCAACGGGGCCCAGGUCUGGGAUACAGCCUUUUCCAUCCAGGCUAUCGUGGACACAGGCCUCGCGGACGAUCCUAGGUACCAGCCUACGCUCAUGAAGGCUCUCGAGUUUCUGAAAGAACACCAGAUUCGGGACGACUGUCGAGAGCAGGGAAUCUGCUACCGUCACUACAGAAAAGGAGCGUGGCCCUUCAGCACCCGGCAACAGGGCUAUACCGUCACCGACUGCACUGCUGAAGGGUUAAAGAGCGUCUUAGCACUUCAGAGCAUCCCCGGCUACCCGAAGAUAGUCACAGAGGACAGGCUUUGCGAUGCCGUAAACAUCCUACUAUCGAUGCAAAACAACACAGGUGGGUGUUCUAGCUACGAACUCCGUCGCGGGAGCGAGCACCUGGAAUACCUGAAUGCCGCAGAGGUGUUUGGCCAGAUCAUGGUUGAAUACGAUUACGUUGAGUGCACAGCGGCAUGUAUGCUGGCACUCAACAAAUUCCGCAAGGCCAACCCAUUUUACCGAGCCCUGGAAAUUGAAAAUUUUAUACAACGAGCGAUCAAGUUUAUCCGAUCCACUCAACGGGAUGACGGCAGCUGGUAUGGUUCUUGGGGAAUAUGUUUCACCUACGGAACCAUGUUUGCUCUUGAGGCGCUGGAGGCCGUUGGCGACACCUGGCAUAACAGCGAAUCCAUUCGAUGCGCUUGUGAAUUCUUAUUGGCCCACCAACGGGAAGAUGGAGGCUGGGGCGAGAGCUUCCGGGGCUGUGAGCUUGGUUUCUAUGUUGAUCAUAAGGACACCCAGAUUGUGCAGACUGCCUGGUCCUGUAUAGGGCUCAUGCAGGCAGGGUAUCCAGACAUGGAGCCUAUAGCAUUGGGUUUGUUUGCGCGGAAGUACGGGGACAUAAAAGUUUUGUAG